UUUUCUCUUCCUUCCUCCUCUCUUCCUGCAAAAGCGAGCAAACCCGCAUCCAUCCGUGAGCGCAAAGGAAGAGGAGAGGAAGAAGAGGAGGAGGAACCAGAGGAAGAGGAGGGGGAGCAUUGCAACGUUCAUCCGAGCUCCUUUUUUCUUUUUUCUUCUUCUUCUUCCCAAUACAUGGCGCAAGGGCUACUACACAAGCGGGACUGUCCUGGGUGUGAUCCCGCCGCGGUGAAUUUGGAUACUGGAGCAGCGGCGGCUUCAUCAGCAGCAGCAGCAUCAUCUUCCUCCUCCUCCUCCUCCAUCGGCGCCCACUCUGACUCCCCGUCCUCCUGGCUCUUCUGUCGGCUUUAUGUCGAGUGAUGGUCGGCUUGCCUUGCCGGAUGCGCCCCGCUCUCUCCGGAUCGUCGACGGCCGAGCCUCCUCUGACCGCAGACCCCCAUUUUCGGCGGAAACCUGCCCAGAGCUCUAAGGCUCCAUAUGGAAACUGGAGACCAAAAUUUUAGAAAAAAGGAAAAUCUGAGCGGUUAAUUAUUAUUUAUUUAUUUAUAAUUUUUAUUAUUUCCCCCCUCCCUCCCUCCAUUCUUAUUAUUUCUGGUAUUUUCUGUUUUCCUGGCCUGCCGAUGAAUUAAUUCAUCACUGAUUUCCUCAUUUCCAUCGUGUUGAUUUGAGAGAUUGUUCCUGGGAAGAGGACUUGAAUUGUUUACUCUCUGCUGUUAAAACGAAAGAAAUGCCUUCCGUCAUUCAUUUAUGACCCUUAACCGACUAACAAACCCUCUAGAAUAUAAUAAUUAUUAGUAAUAUUAGCUAACAGUGAAGUGAUAUUGAACUGUAGGCUGAUCUCAUGUGAAUCCCGCUCCAGCAGGUUUGUUUUGAGCCUCUUCAGGCUUUAACUCAUCUCUGUAACUCCGUGUUUUUAUCCACAUUUGCAGCUUUUCUCGCUGCAACUGGGGGGGCUACCUCUGCAGCUACAGGCCGAGUCAUUUUCCGCUUCCUGUUAGAGGAAAAAGUGAAACCCACAGCAGAGGAAGAGACUCUCCUGCCUCUUCCUCUCCAUAAACUCUAAAUUUAGUCGUUUAUUUUUUCUCUUUUGGAGGUCCUCACCCAACGCAACCAUAAGGUUCCUACCGCAUCCUCCUCCUCCUUCCUCCCUCUCCUUCCGCUCGAGUCUAGCCCGUUUUUUCGGCUUGGUUUGGUCCCGCAAAUUUUCAAAUAUUUACUUCCUGUACAUCAAGAGGAAAGGGGGUCCCCCUUUCAUGGAAUGCGGAAACAUGGGUCUGUUCGACCGCGGAGUCCAGAUGCUGCUGACCACGGUGGGCGCCUUCGCGGCCUUCAGCCUCAUGACCAUCGCGGUCGGCACGGACUACUGGCUGUACUCCCGCGGCGUCUGCAGGACCAAGUCGAUGAGCGAGAACGAGACGAGCAAGAAGAACGAGGAGGUGAUGACCCACUCGGGCCUGUGGAGGACCUGCUGCCUGGAAGGAAACUUCAAAGGAAUGUGUAAACAGAUAGACCACUUUCCCGAGGAAACGGAUUAUGAAGCGGAUCCAUCAGAGUACUUCUUACGUGCGGUGCGAGCCUCUAGCAUCUUCCCCAUCCUCAGCGUUAUCCUACUAUUUAUGGGAGGCCUGUGCAUAGCUGCCAGUGAGUUCUACAAGUCACGCCACAACAUCAUCCUCAGUGCAGGGAUCUUCUUUGUGUCUGCAGGUCUGAGCAACAUUAUCGGGAUCAUCGUGUACAUAUCAGCCAAUGCGGGGGACCCUUCAAAAAGCGACUCAAAGAAGAACAGCUAUUCAUAUGGCUGGUCCUUCUACUUUAGUGCCCUUUCCUUUAUAAUAGCUGAGAUGGUUGGCGUCUUGGCCGUGCACAUGUUCAUCGACCGCCAUCGACAGCUGCGAAUAGGGGCGCGCGCCGCCGACUACCUCCAAGGCUCGGCCAUAACACGGAUCCCCAGCUACCGCUACCGCUACCGGCGCCGCUCGCGCUCCUCUUCCCGCUCCACAGAUCCAUCGCAUUCCCGCGACGCCUCGCCCGUGGGCCUCAAGGGCUUCAGCGCGCUGCCGUCCACGGAGAUCUCCAUGUACACGCUCCCCCGGGACACCCUCAAGUCGUCUGGCACGCCCACGGCCACCUACAACUCCGAGAGGGACCACAACUUCCUCCAAGUCCACAACUGCAUCCAGAAGGACCUGAAAGACUCGAGCCACACCAACACAGCGAACCGCCGCACCACGCCGGUAUGAGAG